AUGCCGCCAGGAGCUGGAACGUCCAAGAAAAGUCGUCCUACCUUUGCUGAUGCAAAUGCUUUGAAACUGAGCUCUGAACUUCUUAGCGUCUUUGUCACAGAGGCUGUUGAACGUGCUGCUACGAUUGCGGAAGCGGAGGGUGCUAGCACAAUAGAAGCAACUCAUCUGGAAAGGGUUCUUCCACAGUUACUUUUAGAUAUUUUUAAGGUACUCCUAGUAGUACAAGUGUGCCUGAACUUGGUAAAUAUGUGUCUACACUUGUUUAGAGCCAAAUGAAUAGGAUGCUUUCUUUAACCUUGGGCUUUACUUCCGGUGACUGGCGUACUGUGGUAUGAGAUAAAUGAUUGUUUGAAUUGUGAAGUGUUUUCAGACCAUUAGUUUG